AUGGCUCCUGCCAGUGAUGCCAGAAACACACUUUUCACUAAGCCUAUGAGAUCCUGCAUCCUUGAUGAUUUUGAUAACUGCACACAACCAAUAAUGCCAAAUGACAUCCCUUCAGGAUAUAAUGAUAUUCCAUCAAGUUCUUAUCAAUCCCCUCCUAAAAAGAUGUGUCCAGCUUUUCUUGAGAUUCUUCAAAAUAUUUUAGGGACCCUACCUGAUCAGAAGAGCUUUGAAGAAGGACAGAGAGAAAUGGAAUGGGAAGAAAGAGGAUCCACUAGCCGCAAAACAUCUCGAGCUAAGUUUGAUGUAUUCUUGAGUUUUCGAGGACCCGAUACUCGUGCUAACUUCACAGAUUCACUUUAUCAUGCCCUGCUAGAUAAGGGUAUCCAUGUUUUCAUAGACAAGGGGAUCGACAUUGGUGAAGAGAUCGGCCCUGAGAUUUUCCAGGCCAUUGAUAACUCGAAAAUUUGCAUUCCCAUCUUCUCCAAAGGCUAUGCCUCUAGUAGCUGGUGCUUGCGCGAGCUGGAAUACAUGAUGGAGCGUAGGAAAACCAAUGAACUAGAGGUUUUGCCCAUUUUCUACGAUGUAGAACCUUAUGAUGUGAAGCUUGAAACUAGAGUGUAUAAAGAUGCAUUAACUCUGCAUGAAGCAAAAUUUGGGGCUGAGAUUGUGCACCGCUGGGCGGAGGCACUCAAGGAGGUUACUAGAAUCAAGGGAUGGGACACCAAGAACACAGGCCAUGGAGAACUCACACAACUGAUAGCUCGGAAAGUUUUAGUUAAGCUUAAGGUGUCCCCGGUACAUCUGCCUUGUCAUUUGGUCGGGAUUGACCAAUCAGUGGAUGAAGUAAUUGAUUUGUUGAGUGUUAAAUCUAAGGACAUAAGACUUGUUGGAAUAUGUGGCAUAGGUGGUAUAGGCAAGACAACUCUUACCAAGGUGGUUUACCACAAACUGUCAACUCAUUUUGAAAGUUGUAGCUUUAUCCCAGAUGUUCGACAAGCAUCAGAAAGUUCAACCGGAGAAAAGAAGAGAAAUGCAACUUAUAUGUGGGAUGAUUGUGAAUUGUUUCCGGAUGAGGGGAUUGAAGUCCUACUUUUAAUGUCCUUAAUAAAAAUUGGAGUAAAGAAUGAGUUAUGGAUGCAUGACCAACUUAAGAACUUAGGUAGGAGCAUUGUACGUUCUGAAAAUCGCCACGAUCCAGGAAAGCGUUCUCGGGUGUGGAAUCAUGAAGAAGCAUUGGAUAUGAUCACCAGCAAGAAGGGAACUAAGACUGUUGAAGCGAUUUGUGUGAACUUUGAUGGGAUUCUAACACCAGGAGAAUUUAUGGAUGUGCCAAAUAUGAGAUUUCUUCAAAUGAUAAGUGGAAAUCUCUCCGGAGACUAUGAGGAUCUCUUUCCAAAAGUGAGAUGGCUUUCUUGGAAGAAUUGUCCUUCAAAUUUGCAAGCAACCAACUUUUGUCCCAAAAAUCUACUCAUCCUUGACCUAUCGCGCACUGACAUAACAGAAAGCUGGAACGGUUGGACUCAACUUGAGGUAUAG